AAUUAUUAAUUUGUAAAAUCUUGCGGUACCCUUCGCUUCUUCUUCUUUGGUAUCCUUUGUAGUUGCACUCAGCUCUGGAGCGAGUUUCUUCCAAAUUGAAGAAAUAUGGCCACCAUCACUGCUAGUACCGCUACAUCAUCAAUCGUUCGUGCAGCCCUUGCACACAGGCCGUCUGUAGGAGUCUCUUCCUCACAUGUUCUUGGCUUGCCCGCAAUAGCAAAGAAGGGAAAAGUGAGCUGCUCCAUGGAGGGAAAGCCUACUGUGGAGGAAAAAAGCAAGGGAAUGAGUGCAUCAUUGAUGGCAGCUGUGUGUGCCGCAACCAUAUCAAGUCCAGCCUUGGCCCUGGUGGAUGAGAGAUUGUCCACCGAAGGAACAGGACUUCCCUUUGGUUUGAGCAACAACCUUCUUGUUUGGAUCCUGUUGGGUGUGUUUGCUCUCAUCUGGUCUCUCUACUUUGUCUACACAUCCUCUCUCGAUGAGGAUGAGGACUCAGGAUUGUCCCUCUAAAGCCAAACUCAUUUCAGUGUUGACAAGGAAUGUAAAAAUCUUGAAAAGAAUUUGGCUUUUUUUCCCCUACCUUGUAGCACAACUUUCUUAAAUUUUUCUUUGCAAUUUAUG